AUGGUUACCAACGAGCAGCACCAUCAUCGUAGCACUACAAAGCAGAGUCACAAGCCGUACAAGUCAAAGCACCAGAGCAAGGGUGCGAUCAAGGACAAGAACAAGGGCAAAGUCGAGUCAGUAGGCUUUGACCGCGGUACGAGAAAGACGCCACACCAGCAGAUGAUGUCCAAAUUGGACCGUCGCAACCAAGCAAAGCAAAAGCGUCUAGUCAAGGACGCCGAACACGAUCGCCAGACCAACGUCUUCCACGGAAAGAAUGCUGCUCCUCGCAUUUGCGCAGUGAUUCCCCUUUGCGAAGACAUAUCGAGCGCAACCGCCGUCCAAAACCUCGUCCGCAGCGUCGACAUUGAACAGGAAGUCCCAAACUCGAACCUCUGGAAAGUCGACGUUGACCGCUUCAAGCAGAAGCUUCAGUUCGUUACCCUCGGACGUCGCGAUGUCCUUGACGCUCUGGAUGCCUGCCGAGUCGCCGACUUUGUCCUGUUCGUCCUGAGUGCCGAUCAAGAGGUGGAUGCUGUGGGCGAGCAGAUGCUGCGCACCAUUGAGAGUCAGGGCGUGUCGAAUGUCAUUACUCUGGUCCAAGGCCUCGACAAAAUCGAACCCGCAAAGAGACGUCCGGGAGUCUUGGGCUCGCUCAAGUCCUUCAUCACCCAUUUCUUCGCUACCCAAGAGCGCGUCCACUCUCUAGACGCCCGUCAGGACUGCGCAAAUGUUGUACGCUCCUUGUGCACCACCACACCCAAGGGCAUUCACUGGAGAGAAGCAAGGAGUUGGAUGCUGGUCGACGACAUGGCCUGGCCCGAGGAUGCCUCGAACACAGUUGUUUUCACCGGAACUGUACGUGGAAGAGGCCUCAAGGCCGACAGAUUGCUACAGGUUGGAGACUGGGGUGACUUCCAAAUCGAGAAGAUCAUGGCUGCUACUCCUCUGGAGAGCAAGAAAAAGACGUCGGCUGACGAUAUGGCUAUGGAUGACGAGCCUCAACAAGACAACGUGCUGGAGCUUCCUUCAGAAGAUCAGGAUGACAUUGCCGACCUCGCUCCCGAGGAGACUGCCAUGACCGAGUUCGCGCCUUCUGUAGCUGCCACGGAACGUAAGGGUGUUUUGCUGGACGACCACCACUACUUUGACGAGGACGAGGACCCAGAGGCUUUCAAGCCGAAGAAGCUGCCCAGAGGUACUUCCAAGUACCAGUCUGCGUGGUACGUUGGAGAUAUCUCGGACUCUGGCUCUGAUUUGGAGAGUGGCGACGAAGAGAUGGACGAUGCUAUGGAGGAUGCCAUCCCUGCUGAUGGAACCGAGGGCUUUGCUCCUCGCGAACCAACCGAGUACGCUCCUUCAGAAUACCCACAAUCAGAGAUGUUCCUGGACCGAUCGCCCGAGGAGGAGGCCGAGCAGCUGGCCGCUUAUCGCGAAUCACGAAAGGCCGAAGCCGAAGAAGAUCUCGAGUUCCCUGACGAAAUCGAACUUCACCCCAAUGUUUCUGCCCGCGAGAGAUUGGCCCGUUACAGAGGUCUCAAGAGUUUGCGUACCAGCGCUUGGGAGCAAGAUGAGGACAAGCCGCAUGAGCCUACAGAGUGGUCGCGUCUGCUCGAGAUUGCCAACUACAAGGCAGCACAACAUCGCAUGGUCAGCGAGGCCCUGGUAGGAGGUGUUGCCUCUGGAACCCGCGUCCACGUCUACGUCCGUCUGGGCGAGUCAUCUCCUGACACUCUCAAGACUCUCCCAACACCAACAGGCAUAUUCUCCUUACUCCGCCACGAGCACAAGCGUACUUCGGUCAAUCACAGCAUCACACUCAGCAGGGACUACCCUGCACCGCUGAAGUCCAAGGACGAACUGAUCAUGCAGUGCGGCCCUCGCCGUUUGAUCAUCAACCCCUUGUUCUCACAGGCAGGCAACACUCCUAACAAUGUGCACAAGUUCGACCGCUACCUGCACCCUGGUCAAACAGGAAUGGCCACCUUCAUUGGUCCCCUGACCUGGGGUCACGUCCCUUGUCUGUAUCUCAAGCGCACAUCCACUAUUCCUCCGCCACCAGCCGACUCAGAUGACGAGGAUGAUGACAAGAUGGACGACGACUCAGACGCCAACAAGCCCCUGUACACACUCAUUGCCACCGGUACAUCCGUCGCACCCAGCACCAACCGCAUCAUCGCCAAACGUGCCAUCGUGACCGGCCACCCUUACAAGAUCCACAAGAAGCUGGUGACCAUCCGCUACAUGUUCUUCAACGAGGAAGACGUCGCCUGGUUCAAGGCCAUUCAGCUCUGGACCAAGCGCGGCCGCAGCGGUUACAUCAAGGAAUCCCUGGGUACGCACGGUUACUUCAAGGCCACCUUUGACGGCAAGAUCAACCCCAUGGAUGCUGUGGGUAUGAGCUUGUACAAGCGCAUGUGGCCGAGAUGGGCAAGAGAGUGGAGACCUGGUAUGGAGACCGCGACGCUCGAGAACGAAAAGGGCGAUAUGAUUGCUUGA